AUUAACUCCAACCUUUAUCAGCUGAGCAGUGUGUGACUCACCAGAGAUAAACCAGGAAAUACAGCCUAUUAUUUUUCUGCGCUCACUGGAAAAAGACGGAAAGACAGACGAAGAUAAUUAUUUUUGUUGAACGUCCUACUGAGGUAGGACAAGUACAGGAGACAAAACUGGAAUACUGCUUCUUCUACCUGAUGCUGACUUCCCACACUGAAUGUGAGAAAAAACCUUUCAAGUUGAGACACUGAGAGGACAGCUGACUUGGUUGCCUGCUACGUUUUCAGCAUUUUAUUAACAUAAUGGCUUCCAUAUCAGAGGAUGAUCUCUCCUGUCCGGUUUGCCAGGACAUCUUCAAAAAUCCUGUUGUUCUGUCCUGCAGCCACAGCUUCUGUAAAGACUGUCUGCAGACAUGGUGGAGAGGGAAACCUACACAGAACUGUCCAAUUUGUAAAAAAAGAUCAUCAAGGAGUGAUCCACCUCGGAACUUGAUAUUAAAGAACCUGUGUGAGACAUUUUUAUUGGGCAGAGAUCCCAGAGUUUCAGCAAAGUCUGUUGCUCUCUGCAGUCUGCACUCUGAGAAACUCAAACUCUUCUGUCUGGACCAUCAGCAGCCAAUUUGUGUCGUCUGCAGAGAUUCAAAGACGCACAACAACCACAGAUUCAGACCCAUUGAUGAAGCUACACGAGAUCACAGAGAGGAGCUCCAGAAAACACUGAAACCCUUAAAAGAGAAACUGAAGAUCUUUGAACAAGUUAAAGGAAACUUUGAUCAAACAGCAGAACACAUUAAGGUCCAGGCCGAACACACAGAGAGGCAGAUUAAGGAGCAGUUUAAGAAGCUUCACCAGUUUCUACAAGGGGAAGAGGAGGCCAGGAUCACUUCUCUGAGGAAGGAAGAGAAGCAGAAGAGUAAGAUGAUGAAUGAUAAGAUUGAGGCUCUGAGCAGAGAGAUAGCAGCUCUUUCAGACACAAUCAGAGCCACAGAGGAGGAGCUGAGAGCUGAUGACGUCUCAUUCCUGCAGAACUACAAGGCUGCAAUGAAAAGAGUCAAACAGCGCCCCCUGCUUAAGGAUCCACAGCUGGUCUCAGGAGCUCUGAUAGACGUGGCCAAACACCUGGGCAACCUGACCUACAACACCUGGAACAAGAUGGAAGAGAUGGUCUCCUACACUCCUGUGAUUCUGGAUCCAAACACUGCUCAUCCUAAACUUAUUCUGUCUGAAGAUCUGACCAGUGUGAGAUGUGGACGGAACCCGAAGCUUCCUGAAAACCUAGAGAGGAUCACUACCUGCCAUCUUGUUUUGGGCUCUGAAGGCUUUGACUCUGGGACUCACAGAUGGGAUGUGGAGGUUGGCAACAGUACAACCUGGUCUCUCGGUAUGGCUGCAGAAUCAGUCAAGAGGAAAGGGAAAAUAGAGUCUGGAAUAUGGAGAAUAAGAUUCUCUAAUGGUGAAUAUAAAGCCUUCUCCCCAUCAGCCAAACCAAUUGUUCUCGCAGUGAAGGAGAAGCUUCAGCAGAUCAGAGUUUGUGUGGACAUAGACAGAGGAACGCUGUCCUUCUCUGAUCUCAAUACUAAAGCACACAUACACACCUUCACAGACACUUUCACUGAGAAGCUCUUUCCAUCAAUGUACAAUAAAGAUGAGUUCCCAAUUAAAAUUCUACCAGAGGUGGAUGAGGAUGAUGACGAUGACAGUGACGAUGGAGACAGUGAUGGUGAAGAUGAUGGUGAUGAUGAUGAUGAUGAUGAUGAUGAUGGUGAUGGUGAUGAUGGUUAUGGUUAUGGUUAUGAUGGCUAUUACGGUUAUAACUAGAAAAUCCCUAAAGCAAUUUUGAUUGUGCCUUGCUCUGGCCCAUAUGUUAAUACCACGUCUUGCUCUCUAGCACGCUAGCAUAUUAAUUUCAUGUCAUUCUCUUUAGCUAGCUAGCUAGAGCCAUGUAAACACAUUAACCAAAGCUAGCGCUUAGCUACGUGCUAGCUUUGGUUAAUGUGUUUAAUUGUAUUAUGCUCCUGAAGGAGUGCUAAUGUAAAUUAAGGAACAGCUCAUAGUAGGGUAAAAUAUUUAAGGUGUAUUGUUCUUAUUUUGUGUUAAUAUUAAAAUCAUUCAGCUUUAAAUUGUUUGUUUGUUAGCCACCUGCUAAUUAUCUUUAGCUAGCCAAUUACCUAGCGCUAGCUUAUUAAUGUCUUGUCAUUCUCUGUAGCUAGCUGUGUGUGUGUGUGUGUGUGUGUGUGUGUGUGUGUGUGUGUGUGUGAGCAGGCUGUGGUUGUCAUGGCAACCAGGGGAGCCCACAGCAGCUGCGCGCGCUCUCUCUCUGUCUCUAACUCCUCAGAGAGACAGAAACAAUUAAAAUGAAUCCCCUCGAACCCAUGGCCAGGAACGACCGAAAUGAAAACCAAAAAGACCGUGAGCGUCGUCAUCUUGUUGACUAUAGCACUGCCGAGUUUCAGUGGUUAAAGUUAAAAAAUGUGACUUGGGGAGAUUGAGAGAGAAGAGGUUCAACGAGCUCCUUUAAACAUUUCUCCUCUACACUUUAACAUGGGAGUAGAUGGGGCCGUGAGAGGGUGUUGCUGGUGCAUCAGUGCGUCUCCCGCCAAAACUAUUUCUCUGACAGCUUCAGCAGUGGUAUCACUGCGACCCCAACGGAUUUACCUACGUUUCUAUCUAUAAAUUAUUUCUGUAGAGUGACAUUUGUGGUCUUGAGAGCAGUUUACAAAUUUAUUUUUCGACAAUUUUUUCUCUCUCCCCACACUCUAGCGAUGAUGUCACGCACUCUGGCGGUUGAACAUUCUCGCAAUACACACCCAUUCAUUUUUUGGACCGGUUUUUGGCGAUUUACUGGCAAACUGUUUGGCGAAACGCUUAGAAAAGUCAUAGCACUAAUGUCCUCACCGAGCCGCACGUUUUGAUACCUUUUUUGUGUAUGUGCGACAAAAACUGCGGGAGGAGAAGCGCGCCGAAAAACGUACGGAAGAAUAAUAAUAAGUAUGGGGAAGAGUAGUAUUGUGCUUUUCAAGGCACAAUAAUUAUGCCAGACAGAACCUUGAACUUUUUAAAGGGAACUACCGUAAUUGAAUCUAAUGCAAGUUUACUGUAUUUGCAGUAAAAUGAACACUUAAAUAGACAACAGGGACAACAUUGGACAACUCUAACGAUGAUCUGAAUUUUAAUUCUACUUUGUCUCUCAUUUUUAUCUUAUUUUGAGUUUUCUAUGGUCUUCAGUCACUCUAUAUAAGAAAAUGUAAACUGCUGUCGAUGUACGUAAUGUGUUAUGAUGGAUAAUAUCUGUAAAGGUUUUCAGACAUUAAUUCUUCUCUGUCAGCCAUUUUGUCUGAAUAAGUGACACUUUAUUUAACAUGUACAGAUCUUAUUGUGGAUUCUUUCUUUCUUUAACCCUUAUGUUGGUGAAGCUUUGGCUGCUCUUCCUCUGAUUGUAAGUCACUGAAUUAAAUAUAAACUGUAUAGAUUACUGAUUACUGUAGUAGUGGCUAGAGCACACAUCUCAGCAGGCCUUUUUCACAAAGGACAUUUUGACAUUUUGGCUGAAUUCCAUUUAGCUGCUUCAGUCAGCUUACAUGGACAUCGGACUGGAACAGAGUUACAGUUUUUCUGCCCAGCAAGCAACUGUGAGUGAACUGUGAGCCUUCAAGUUUUAUGUUUUUUAAGAGAUCAGUAAUGUGAUAUACUGUAUUUCCAACAGAGUCUGGAGCAGGGUUCUUGAGGGAGGAUAUGAGGAUUAUCUCAACCACAUUCUUUAGAAAUGUAAACAAACUUUUGAAAUCCAAACACUCACCUCUUAUGAUAUUAGUCUGCUAUUCAUGAGCAAAUGGUUGAGUGCAGUUUUAUAUGGGAAGGGCUUAGCUUGCACAAAAUAACAUUUAAUUGGAACGUUUGGAAGUUCAAGAUUCAUUAAAAAUAUACUUCAGGAGGAGAAAAGACAGAGUUUUAGAUAGAUGUUGAGCUGCCAUGUUUCUACAGUAGCCCAGAACGGACAAACCAAACACUGGCUCUAGAUAGGAGGAUUUUUUGUGAAUUCCACAGCCACCGUAUUAUUUAUUACAGACGUCAAUGCCCGUUCUUAUUUCCAAGUUUUCCAAAUACCAACCCAAGUGAUGUUCAGUCGUUUGCAAUCUGCAACUCGGCAGCUUGAAACCACUAAAUCUUUCAUACUGGUCCUUUAAAAAGAAGCUGUUUAAUUUUGUACAGGUUGAAAUUACUGUAGAUGAGUGCAGAGCGAGGUUUUGCUACAGUUGUGUAAAUAAAAUCAUUCAGGGUUUGUAAAAGGGUUGAAAAUACAUACACUGUCUCACACUUCUAGUGGGGCACAAGUAAUGAGUAUAUAUAUAUGUUUAUAUAUAAAAUCUACUCAAUCUGCUUUUAAAAUUCCUUCUCUUUAAAGAUACAAAUAAAAGAUGUGUGUGUGAAAGAUGCGAA